GUCGCCAAUGGCAAUAUAUAUAGUUUUCCUGGAUGGGAUGGGGGAAGCCACAGAAAUUUGACACGCCGUUCUCCCACCCACCGGAAGCUAGGCAUGCAUCCAUUCAUUCGCUGUCCUAGGCGAGUCUACGGAGUGGGCAGGGCCUGGAGAAAGGGGCGGGACUGGGAAAAGCCCCCUUUACAGAACCGGGGCCUCGGAGGCUUCUGGGGCGUCUUUCCACGGCUGGAGCGCGAGCGCAGGAGGGUGCCGAGGCGCGCCUUGGGUUCUGUAAGCCUCAGAGCUCGCAGCGGCGCGUGGGGUCCGGGUGUGGCUAGGCCUUUCCGGUUGUGGCGUCACGCCAGCUCCCUUCGCCAGCCAGAACGGUGACUUCGGCGGCUCCUCGCGGAACUGGCGCCUGGCGUGAUUGAACGGAGCCCUGGCUGGGAGCCGUGCUCGGAGCCUCUCAGGUACCUGAAUGUUGACAUUGUAUCUGAAGCCCCUGGAAUUUUUCUCCUGAUACACAACUUUGCUCAAAUCACACUGUAUAUAGUACAUAGGUGCUUAGCUCAAGCCUAAGAAGUACUGGUCCUCUGGUAAGACAAAUUCAAACAACAGUAGGAAUUCUGUCUAGGAAGAUGCAGCUCCUGAACAAGUUGAUGGCUAUCUCAAAACCUCAAAACCUGGCUGUACAUCAGCAAAGUGAUGUCCUGAGAGCAGAUAUGUCUUGGCAGCAGGAAAGCAUCCCGGUCAUGGAGACCUAUGACUCUGAGGCCUCUCGUCAAAAGUUCAGACAUUUCCAGUACUUGGAAGUAUCUGGGCCUCAUGAAGCCCUGAGCCAACUCUGGGAGCUGUGUCUUCAGUGGCUGAGACCAGAAGUUCAUACAAAGAAGCAGAUCCUAGAGCUGUUGGUGCUCGAACAAUUCCUGACAGUUCUCCCUGAAGAAGUCAGGACAUGGGUGAAUUUACAACAUCCAAAGAACAGCAAAGAAGUGGUGACCCUCAUAGAGGAUGUGAUUGAAGUGCUUAAAGACGAAGCAAUUUCCCUUGUUCUAGUUCAUGGAAUUUUUUAUUUCUUUUCAGACAGACAGACGAUUUCGGAAAAUCAAGAUUCAGUUCCAAAGCAGAGAAUUUCUGGAGAAGAACCAUCCCAUGGAGUGAUUAUGACAAAAUUGACCCAAAGUGGACAUCCUUCUAUAGAUGCCUGGAAAGAUGAUGACUUGUUAUAUAGGAGCCAGGAACACUGGGACAUAAAUUUGCCUCAAGAAGCUUUCAUUCAUAAGACAGUGUACACUGAGGAGGGAGAUUUUGAAUGUGAAAAUAAGAAAAAUUUUGAUGUUAAGUCAGUUAACUCAGUUUUUGAUACACAAGAGGGAAUUCCGAUGAGAAAGGGUUCCCCAAAGUGUGAUAAGUUUAAAACUAACUUCAAAUUUAAUUUAGACUCAGUAGGUAGGCAACAUUCAGAAUAUCAUGAAUGUGGGAAUGCCUUGAACCUGAGUAUAGAUAUUCAUCACCCAAAAAGUCAUACCACAAUGAAUUCCUAUGAAUGUUGUCAGUGUGGGAAAGCCUUUAGCCGGAGUUCAUCUCUUGUUCGACAUCAGAUCAUUCACACAGGAGAGAAACCCUAUAAAUGUAGUGAAUGUGGAAGAUUCUUCAAUAGACGUUCAAACCUUGCUAAGCAUCAAAAAAUUCAUACUGGAGCCAAGGCCUACGAAGGCAAUAAAUGUGGAACAGCCUUCACUAAAAGUGAAGACAGUAAGAAAAAUCCAAGUCUCCAUCCUGGAGAUAGUGCCUAUGAAUGUGUUAGCUGUGGAAAAUCCUUCAGUCGGAGCUCCUCUCUUAUUCGACAUCACAUGAUUCAUACAGGAGAGAAACCAUUUAAAUGUAAGGAAUGUGAGAAAACCUUCAACAGAAGUUCAAACCUUGUUAAACACCAAAAACUUCAUACUCGAAAGAAGUCCUAUAACGGGAAGAAAUGUGAGGUUACUUUCAGUCAGAGUUUAGAACACACUCAACAUCCAUGAAUUUAUACUGGAAGGAAUCCUAUGAAACUAGUAAAUAGAAGAAAAUGUUUGUCAGAGAUUAUUCUUUAAUUGAUCUGACAGAAUUAAUACUGGAGAUAAAUCUGUUAUUGGAUAGAAAUCUGAGGGAGUUUUUCCAGGCUUCCAGAGGAAGCCACAGGGUUUGGAGUAAAGCACAUCAGCAUACAACUGUUUGUAUCAUUGUUCUGAUGUCCAUUCCCAUCAUCUUUCCCUAGUUCAUACAUAGGACCUAUUCACCCGAUCUAUUGAUGAAGUACAUAUUAAGGAGGAGCCAAGCAAUAUCCUUGAAAUUGAUAUUGAAUAAAACUCAAACUUUCA